GUCGACACCAAGAGUGUGGGUCUACACGACUUGCGCCGCAAGAUGUCAAUCAUACCUCAGGAACCGAUGGCUUUCAUCGGCUCUUUGCGCCGCAAUUUGGAUCCGUUUGCGGAGCACUCGGACGAGGAGUUGUGGGCGGCGUUAGAGGCGGUUCAGCUCCGGGAGCCGGUGCUGGAGAUGCCGGGAGGGCUGGAGUACGAGCUGUCGGAAGGGGGCGCCAACCUGUCGGUGGGUCAGCGGCAAUUGAUAUGCCUGUCGCGGGCUAUACUCCGGAGGAAUCGGGUGCUGGUGUUGGACGAGGCGACCGCUAAUGUCGACCACAAAACCGAUGCUUUAAUUCAGGCGACUAUUCGGCGAAACUUCGCCGACUGUACGGUCAUUACGAUCGCUCACAGACUCAACACUAUUAUCGAUUCGCACAAAGUGUUGGUUAUGGACGCCGGGAGGAUCACAGAGUUUGACAGUCCCCACGCACUCUUACAGAAUAGGAACUCCAUGUUGUCCCAGUUGGUGAGACACACGGGACGGGAGAUGGAAAGGCAUCUGUUCGCGGCGGCCGAGCAGGCGUUCCGUAGGAAUUCCCGUCACAAUUCAAUUAAUGAUUGA